AUGUCUCCCACGGGCGCCGGUCUUUGCACCGGCAUGAAACCUGUACUUCGCAACUUAUUCCUCACCUUGCUCGCGGGUUCUGCCUUGGCGGGUGAUGUCCCCAAGAGCUACUCUACCCGGGAUCCAUGCCCUGUCACCUGUGAUACAGCCGCAGGAGGUGCAUGGUCAGUCUACACCAAUGUCAAGCGCGUCGAAGCUUGCGACAAGCACAUGCUGCUCGACUUUGCUCUACACAAUCCCCUUGACGAUCCUUCCACGACUGUCAAGAUCCGAGCCUGCACUCUCCCUGAUGAGGUCCCCAGCGUCUCUCGCCGCCUGGUUGACCGCGACACUGAUGCCGACUCGGAUCUAUGUGUCGCAGGCGCCAGUAGCAUCGAUGUCUCCUUGGAUGUAGCUUCGUCUGGCAAUGGUUCUUAUUUUACAUACGCCACGGCGAAUGCUCUUGCACAGGUGUCCAGCUACUUGAGCGCCAGCUGUGAUCUCUCUCAGGUCUUUUCGUACUCUACGGGCUCAAUCGUUGGAGUGUUUGUGGGUGCCGCCAUUGACAACGGAGGGUCGACCACUGCCGUUCUGGCCGAGCUCAUUGACAUGGUCAACAACACGGACACGGUAACCCCCGAGAUCAUGUUUGCGCAGCGAUGUGUAUCCGAGGGAAGCUCAAAGCACACAUUCGGCGUUGCCAUCAACAACGCUGCCGACCUGAGCUGGGUGCAGUCCUCGGUGCAGUCCUGGAGCAAUGGCCUCUGCCUCAAUGCCUCGUCCUUGACGUCGGCAGAGACCAGCCAAAUCGCCAACACGACCAUCUACGAGUACACGCACCCUGCCGUGACUCUGUCCAACAUUACAGUCAUCCAUCCCAACUCUACUGCCACGACUAGUGGAACCAUCACUGCGUCUCUGACGUCUUCUGCAACGGGAUCAUCGGGCACAGCCGAUCUCGGAACCUCGACUUCCACUGGACUGAGUUCCGACGCAGAAACAUCGUCAGGAACGCUCCUAUCUACUGCGUCGACAUCCGAGUCUACAGGCACCAGCACCGCUGCAGCUGUCACGCCACCGGGUCCAACACAAACUGGCAUCGUCAGCACAUGUAAUGCAUAUGCCAUCCCGACGUCCGGCCAGGGCUGUUGGGAUUUUGCCAACGAUAAUGGUAUAACGACCGAUGAGUUGUACGAGUGGAAUCCUGCCAUUGGAGAUUGCGAAAACUUCUGGGCCGAUGAGGCUUACUGUGUGGGCGUUUCGAGCUCGGAAAAGCGCGACCAUGUGAUCACGGCGCGAAACCCCCUGCGCUAUCAAUGGAAGCGCGAUGAAUGUGACACGACUCAGAUCUAUUCUGGCGACACCUGCACUUCGUUGACCGCAGAGUGCGGAGUUUCUUUGGACGACUUUGAAUCCUACAACGAUGGUCUCUGCGAUGACCCAUUGUCGCCGGGCCAACAUGUCUGCUGCUCUGAGGGCGACCUGCCCGACUAUACGCCCCAAAUGUACGACAAUGGUACCUGCUACACCUAUGUGGUAAACACUGGAGACACUUGCUCUGACAUUGGCGCGGCAGUGGGCCUGACCAUCACCGAGAUCGAGGAGUUCAACAACGGCACUACUUGGGGAUGGAACGGAUGCGGUGACUUGCUUGCCGAUGCCAAGAUUUGUCUCAGCGAAGGAGACCCUCCGCUGCCCAAUGCCGUUGCCAACGCCGAGUGUGGCCCUACUGUGCCCGGAACUGAGAUGCCUACCGACGGAACGGCCCUGGCCGAUCUCAACCCCUGCCCGCUCAAUGCCUGCUGCGAUAUCUGGGGUCAGUGCGGAAUCACUCCACAGUACUGUACAAACACUACCGGUCCGUCUGGUAACCCGGGAACGGCUCCUUCGGACGAGAACGGUUGUAUUUCCAACUGUGGAACGGACAUUGUGAACAACUCCCACAACUUUACCGACAAGAUCUACGUUGGUUACUACGAGACAUGGAACUGGGACCGUGAAUGUCUCAACAUGCGGGCUGCUUCCAUCGACACUACCCAGUACACGCACAUUCACUGGGCAUUUGCCACCAUCUCGGAUGAUUUUGAAGUCGUCAUCAACGAUACAUAUAACCAGUGGGAGGAUUUCAAGGCCUUGCCGGUAAAGCGAAUUGUGUCGAUUGGAGGCUGGGGUUAUUCCACCGAUGCAUCCACAUAUGACAAGAUGCGCACGGCAAUCAGCCCUGAUAACCGCAAGACUUUUGCAAAGAACAUCAUAACCUUCCUUGAGGAUGAAGACAUUGACGGUGUAGACUUUGAUUGGGAAUAUCCUGGUGCUACUGACAUUCCGGGCAUCCCGGCUGGUGAGGACACUGACGGCUAUUACUAUUUCCAGUUCAUCAGUAUAGUUCGUGGAUAUUUGGGUCUUGACACUGAUAAGACAAUUUCCAUGGCUGCACCCGCGUCCUACUGGUACUUGAAGAACUUUGAGAUUUACAAGUCGGCCCUGGAAUGCGACUAUGUGGUUUACAUGACCUAUGAUCUUCACGGUCAAUGGGACUAUCUCAACUCGUGGAGUCAAGACGGUUGUGAAACCGGUAACUGUCUGCGCAGUCAUGUCAACCUCACCGAGACUUACUAUGCCCUAUCCAUGAUAACCAAGGCUGGUGUUCCGUCUUAUCUGAUUACCGUUGGUGUUUCCAGCUACGGAAGAUCGUUCAAAAUGGCUGAAGCUGGUUGCACCGGACCAGAGUGUUUCUACCUGGCCAACUCGGAUAAUAGCUCCAUGGCGGCCGAGGGUAUGUGUACUGUGACUGCUGGUUACAUUGCCAACGCCGAGAUCAAGAACAUCAUCUACUCCAACUCGACCAAUGUGGAUUCUUGGUACGAUGAAGAAACAGAUACCGACUACUUGGUCUAUAAUGACACGGAAUGGGUCGCCUACAUGAGCCAAGACGUCAAAACCAGCCGGACGCAACUAUGGAACAGUUACAACUUCAGAGGUACGGUCGACUGGGCUGUGGACUUGAUGGAGUUUACCAGCGACGACGGCGAUCCAGAUGGUACUUGCGAAAGUGGCGAGUAUGACGACGACGACGAAUGCGUGGUAUACGACGAAUAUGCAAACGUCGAUGAAUGGACGCCGUGCACAGACGGGCCCUUUGACUUUGAUGACCUGGACGACGACACUAUUAAUAGCUGGCCGUCCUGGUGUGUGGCGCAGUACACGAUCGAGUCGCUCAAGAACCUGUUCAACGACAAGCUGUCCGAUUUCACCGACAUGGUUAACGGCGACUAUGACGACAAGUUCGACACGUACGCAGAGGCUGUGGCCGACAGUGCAUCGUCGCAGGUCCACGACUUCAUGAUGGACAAUGGAAAUGACUACUUCACCUGCAACAUCAUGGAGAUGAGCACAUGCUGCUCCUUCUGCGACGACUGCAACUACUGCUUUGGCAACGAGAACUGCUACAACGUGGUCAGCAUCCUCCAAGGACUCCACACCAUCGAGCAGAAGACUCUCAUCGUCCAUUGGGAGAACAAGAGCGAGCCCUGCCCACCGGAUCUAUCGGAGCGCGGUUACGGAACCCACCAGAGCAUCUGGUGGCACCUGACGGAGGACAAAUCUGCCGCCUUUUACGAGGACCUGCUUAAUGCCACCGGCAUUCCCCAGGCCAAAAUUGGCAUGGGCCGCUACACUGAUGUCGACUCGUGUGAGGGCACGUCGCACAAGGAGGGCGACGGCGCCGAGUGCUGGAACCAGGGCUACGAGUUCAACGUGCCCGUGCCACAGGGCUAUACCGAGGACGACGUGACCAACCCCAAGGACACGGUUCAGUCUGGUCUGGAUGCCGCGAGCGACCUGCCCGAUCAGAUUGACAGCAUCCUCACCCAGCUUAAGGUGCUCACCUACCUGGGCGAUCCGUACGAGCUCAUUGACGCCAUCAGUCUGCCCAUUCUCAUGAUUGCCUCGGGCGUCGAGUCCAUGCAGGAGGUGAUCAAGACGGCCGACAAGAUCGAGGAGGCCGAGCGCAAGGCCAUCAUCCUGGCCUUUAUCAGCGCCCUGCUGCUCUUCAUCCCCAUUGUGGGCGAGGUGGCCAGCGCCGUGGCCGGCGCCGCCGACGUUGCCGCCGUCAUUGCCAUCCUGGGCACCGUCGGCAACGCCGCCUUUGACAUUUACACCAUUGUCGACGACAAGGACAAUGCCCCCCUCGCCAUUGUGGAUUUGAUCCUGGCACCGCUCGCGCUCGCCGACGUGGCCAUUGUUGCCAAGGCGGCCACCAUCCGCCGCGGCAUGGACGUCGCUGAUAUUGCCAAGCUGGGCGAACGUGUCGAAUCAAGAAUGAGCAAGCUGCAGAGCGUGACGGGUGUAUGUCAUGCAUAG